UGUAAGUUUUGAUGUGAACAACGUCUUCCUUUGCAGGGGUCCUCAAAACCCCCAGUGCGCUGCAGGUACGGAAUUGUGGCGUGCAGGACCCCUGGCCGAGGACCGUGUUGGGGGGUGGCUCCAUGAUCGGCAGACAACACCACGCCAACUCGAUUCCGCCCGCCUGCACCUCGAAAAAGGGACCACGGGAAUGGCGACCGCCCGUCCUUGCCAAUCCCCUCACGCCAGACCGGUUGUGUCCCUUUGUGGCGUAACAUUGGCAUCAACCAUGUCACCAGCCGACUUCAUCCACCGCCUGUGGUCGCCGCCAGACGUCGAGGCGGUCACCGAUCUCCACAGCUGGUUCACGCAGUUCUCGAUCCUGCUGUCCAAGUUUCCCAUUGCGCCCGUGGCCUCGAUCGCUGUCCCUGUGCUCGCAAUCGUCCUUGCCGCCGCCCUGCUCUACGCUACUCAGGACGACCACUUCGACAAGCCCAAGCGAUACACAGUCCCCGCCCCGAAGCUGCCAGACGAGACCGUGAUCCUCGACAAGCCCAGCAUCAAGAGCCCCGGGUCCACGGCGAUACAGUGCUACGCCCCGGCGACCGGCCAAUUCCUCGGCUACGUCAACCCUUCGACCCCGGCCGGGCUCGACCGAGCCAUAGCCCAGGCUAGCGAGGCGCAGAAGACAUGGGCCAAGACGACCUUUGCUGAGCGCAGGCGCGUGCUGCGGACCAUGCUGCAGUAUGUCCUGGACAACGCAGAGCAGAUCUGCCGGGUGUCAUCGCUCGACUCAGGCAAGACCAUGCUCGACGCGCAGCUGGGGGAGAUCCUCGUCACCGUCGAGAAGCUGCAGUGGACGCUCAAGCAUGGCGAAAAGGCCCUCCGCCCCAGCCGCCGCCCGACCAACCUGCUCAUGAGCUACAAGAAGAACACGGUCUACUACGAACCCCUGGGUGUCGUCGCCGCCCUCGUCAGCUGGAACUACCCGUUUCACAACCUCGUCGGGCCCAUCAUCAGCAGCAUCUUCGCCGGCAACGGCAUCAUCGUCAAGGUCAGCGAGCAGACGUGCUGGUCUGCAGCCUACUACACGAGCAUUGUCCGCGGCGCCCUUGUCGCCCACGGCCACGACCCGCAGCUCGUGCAGAGCGCAGUGUGCUGGCCUCAGACAGCCGGGCACCUGACCAGCCACCCGCAGAUCAGCCAUGUCACCUUUAUCGGCAGCCGGCCCGUGUGUCACCACGUGGCCGCGAGCGCCGCCAAGACUCUGACUCCGGUCGUCGCGGAGCUCGGCGGCAAAGACGCCGCCGUGGUUCUCGACUCGGCAAAGGGCGACCUGAAGCGCAUAGCCGAGAUCCUGCUCCGCGGAUCCUUCCAAGCCGCCGGGCAGAACUGCAUCGGCAUCGAGCGCAUCAUCGCCACCCCCAAGGUCUACCCGAAGCUCGUCGAGAUGCUGGAGCCGCGCGUGCGCGCGAUGCGCCUGGGCCUGGACAAGGACAUGGGCGCCAUGGUCUCGGACGCCUCCUUCUCCCGCCUCGAGGCGCUGGUCGACGACGCCGUCGCCAAGGGCGCGCGCCUCCUCGCCGGCGGCCGGCGCUACGUGCACCCGGACCACCCGAGCGGCUUCUACUUCAGCCCGACGCUCCUGGCCGACGUGACGCCCGACAUGGCGGUCGCGAACGAGGAGUGCUUCGGCCCCAUCAUGACUAUCAUGCCCUGCCCGACGGGCGCCGACGCCGACGAGAUCCUCGCGCUCGUCAACGCGCCCAACUUCGGCCUGGGCUCCAGCAUCUACGCGUCCCCCUCGGACCCCCUGAUCCCGAAGCUGGUCCGCGGCAUCCGCGCGGGAGGCGUCGCGGUCAACGACUUUGCCGUCUUCUACGCGGUCCAGCUGCCCUUUGGCGGCGUCGGCGGCUCCGGCUACGGCCGCUUCGCCGGCGAGGAAGGGCUCCGGGGCGUCUGCAACAUCAAGUCGGUCUGCGAGGACCGCCUCGGCUGGCUCGGCGUCCAGACCGCCAUCCCACCGCCCGCGCGGUACCCCGUGCGCGACCAGGAAAAGGGCUGGGCUUUUGCAAACGGCAUCGUCGGCCUCGGGUACGCCCUCACCCUGGGCGGCAAGCUCGGUGGGCUGUGGCAGUUGCUGCGGAACAGCUAGAACAGGGCAAAAGCCCUCGCUAGCUAGCUAGCUAA